AGAUUUAACUUAAUUAAACAAUGGAUUGAUCUCGACGAUACAUGGGUUAUUGGAACGGGUAAUUUGUUAUAUAAACGUAAUGGUGAAGAAACAUCAAAUCAACAUUUUAAUGAGACAGAUUAUCGUUUAACAGAUACAUUACGUUUUUUUGCAUCAUUUCGGGCCUUUAAUCCAUUAGGCAAAAUUAAUUCAUCAAUCAAUUGUCAAACAAAAUACGAUUAUUUAUUGUAUGCUCACCUAAGUGAAAUAUCAUUUCAACCGAUUAUGCCAUUGCGAUUAAAAGCUGGGACACCAAUCAUGUUAAAAUGUCCUAUUUGUUCAAUUGAGACCAAAAAUAUUAAAUGGUCAAUACUGAAUCAAUGUACAGACGAACCAAAUUUUAAUGGUAGACAAGAAUUAUUUCAUCCGAGUGCAUUUUCAUUACAUAAUAUAGCAAGUAAAAAUAAAAAAAUAUCAAAAUUUGAUCAUUUUCAAGCAAUCUGGAUUGAAUGGCUUGCCAUCAAAGAACGUUUACAAACAUUUUUAAAAGAUACAGUGGGUAAUAAAAAUGUUUUCUGUCGAAAAUCUUCUUAUCCUGUAUCACUCACGGCUGCUUCUAUUGAUACAUCAAUAUUCCUUUAUCAGAAACAUUUAUAUUUUCGAGCUAUCACACCGUUUCAUAGUGGAAAAUAUAUUUGUCAGAUGAAUAAUGUUACUGAACAAUAUGAAAAUAUCAUAACAAAUGGAUAUUAUACAUCGGAUGCUUUAAGUACCAACAUCACGCUUAAAUCAUUAAAUACUUGUCACAAAUUGACAAAAAUUAAAAAGAUAAAUUCAACAGAAAUUAUAAGAGAAACAUUGUUACCAUCAGUUAUCUAUCUCAUCAAUGUUGUUGAAGAUCCAGAAGACGGUGACACAAUUCUUUUACUCGAAGAUGACCAUGGUCGUUUAACGACAAAUUUAACAAGUCGUUCAAUAAUCAAAACAUUUUUGAGUAAUGUUUUGAAACGUGUUAAGCAUAUCAAAGUUAAAAAUAUGGUAGGCAUCAUCAAAUCUCCAUCAAUAUGGACAAGACCGUUGAAUGAUACGCGAUAUUGCCUUCAAUUUCUUGUUCAUUGGUCUUCAUGGAGUUCGUGUGAAGAGUGUCAAAGUAGUAUUGGCACACGACAACGUACUGGUGAUUGUCGAGUAAUACCAUAUAAUACAUGGAAAAAUAAUUGUAAGGUAAAUUUGGGUUCAGAUGAAUUUAAUGAACAAUUUUUUUCUCAUCUUCGUGUCUACGGUUUCUACAUGGGUUUUCCUACUAGUGGCGUUCCAUGUCAACAUGAAACAACUGGUUUAUCAACUAUAUGUGUUCAACACAAAAUAGAUCCAACAAUGCGUUAUUUACACAUGCAAAAGUGUACAGUUGGAUGUGGUAUAGCAACUAGUAUAGAUCUUCAUCCACAUGCUCAACAUUAUGCCGAUCCCGAAGGUCGAAAAUAUGUACAUAUUAAUUCAAAUAUAUUAGAUGCCAAGGGAAAUUAUAGAAAUAUUUCGAAACAUGCAUCAUCAUCGAGUACCGUAUCAUUAAGUCGUACAGUAACAUUAAUUUGCUCGUCUCUCUCUAGUCGAUUGACAAAAAUAAAUUGGAAACGAGAUAAAUGGAGUUUAACAGAAAUGGUGAAUUUAAAACAAGGUACAAAUUUUGGUAUGGGCAAUUUGCCCAAAACUGGCACACGUUUUCGUAUCGAUCGUUCACAACGUUUAACUUUGUAUAAAGUGCAAUAUGAUGAUGAAGGUGUAUAUCAAUGUUUAUCAAAUGGGAAAUUACUAAGUUUAGUUAAACUUUUUGUUAUUGUGCCUGUUCCAUCCUAUGAACGACAAACAGCUUAUAUAGCCGCUGUCACAUAUCAACCAACAAUAGCGUUUAUAUUGAUAAAUUUAUCGAUUUUUAUACUUAUCUCAUCAUAUAAAAUCUGGAAAUUUUUAAAAGCAAAACGCUUUUUACUAAAAAAAAGAAAAAGAAAAAGAGUCAAUCUGUAG